AUGGUGGGCUCCCAAGAACUCCCUGACUCCAGGCAAAUCUCUGGACGUUUCUCUUCAAUGGACUCGCCGCCUCCGGUGUCUGUCUCGUGUGCCGAACCGAAGACCUCGUCGCAUGAAAACCUGAGGGCGACGGAGACCACGCUCGCCUGUUUUCCGCCCUCCGCUCCAGAGCACUUCUCCCUUCCAGCGAAAACUCAUACACUGGCACAUGCAGUGGCCUCCUGGGAGUCUUUUCUCGAACUUUUUCCGAGGCAUGCGCGUGUGGAUCUUCUGCGGAAACAGCCAAAAUCUCCGGCGCCCCUCCGUCCGCUCACGCGCCUGCUCCACAGCCUGCCUGUACAUACACACCAGGCACUGUGGCUGUCAGUCGUGCGGCUCGUGAAGACAAUCACAAAGGCGAACUCCUCGCCUGCAGCACUUGGCGUGUCAGCCGACCUGCCGAGUCCGAAGGCGGUUUCUCUCGAGAGUGAAGCGGAGACGAGUUCGAAGCAUGCCAGAGCCGACGACUUCAACUCUGCGAAGGAUGGGAAGCCCCAGAGUCCAGCCAGUGUUUUUUCCUGCGAGGAAGCGAACGCGAGUCCUGAGGCGGUUCUCCUGAACCGGUUCGCCGCGCUUACCCUGUUCCUCGGCACCUUUUUAGACCAACGAGUCGCGGUCGGCCAGCAACGAAGGCGAAGGCUGCAUGCAGCGGAACAGAAGGCGGCUGCGAUGUUAAAUAGCCAGGGAAAUGGCGACAUCUGUGGACGUGUCUCGUCUUUUCCGGAGCAAGAUGACACCGAUGGAAAGGACACUACCGCCGCCGUCUCUGAAGCGUCUCUCCCCUUCCGCCCCUCGGUCCAGUCCCGACCGCAGGAAGACCGGCUGUCGGGACAUACAGCGGCGGGGUGUACGUACGCGCCGCCGGUAGGUGUUUACCUCGUUGCUUCGUUUCUGAAAAACAACUGCUUUCGUCUGCGUUUGCCGCGCAAGAAGCCUCUGAGGGAGAGAGCCGGCGUCGAAACCGAAGGCGCGACGCAUGGAGAAGAAGCAACAUGCGCCUCGACAGAGAGCGCCCGUCAUGCCUGCAUCACCUGCGACUGCCGUGAGGAAGGACUGAGUCGGAGGUCUGCGGAGGGAGAAAACGCGGACGACAAAGAGAAGGCGGAGAACCCAAGUGUCCAGACACCUGGCGGGACAGAACGGAGCUGCAGCGGCAUGUCAGGAGACCCUUGCGAAGAAGAUUUUGCAGAAGAGCUGCGCCUGAUCCAGGAGCGCAUUGGAGACAUCGUAGUCAAGUUGGUCGAGCUCGGACUGUUUGUCUCUGUGCCAGCUGCGUCGCGUCUGCAGAGACGAGGUGGAAAGGCCUUCGCACUCGGACGCGACUUCCCAGAAACGCCUGCGGAAGGCGGAGCAGGGGAGGAGUGCGAGAAGGAGAAAGACGGCGAGGAAGAGGAUCCCGACGCAGGAGAAAUCAGACAGAUGCCCAUGCCGGGGAGACAGUCCUUUGUCCUCUCUGCGCUGCUCCACCAUCUCCAGCAAGUUGCGGCAGCCACGUCCGACCCACAGGAGCUGAGUCAACGUCUUCGUGGUCUUGCUCGCUUUGCGCGACGGCCUCACGUGGCUGCGCCUCUCGAGCGGGCGCUCGCUGCUGCCGAUCGAGUCUGCUCGAGGCCUUCCCGUUUUGCUUCUUCCUCUUCUUCCUCUUCGUCUUCCUCCUCUUCUGCUUCGUCUUCCUCCUCUUCUGCGUCUUUUUCUUCUGAUGGCUGGAGUUUUCAGCAGGCGUCUCAUGAAGUGGAGACGCCAGGCGCCAGAGGCCGCCGAGAGAGAGACGUGAUAGUGGAGAAAGCGCUUGUUCUCGUUCUGCUGCUCCUGCAGCCUCCCGCCUUCCCCCUGCUGCGAGACGAAGGGACUCAGAGACUCGUCGCCUCGUGGUGGGGUCGCCACACGGCUCUCCGUGAGCUCUUCUUCAAUAAUCUUUUAGGAGUAUUGGAGGACGAGGAUGUGCCUCUCUGGCAGCUGGAGGCUCUCGGGAAAUUCUUCUUCCUCGCCGUGAGAAGCCCCAACUGGCGCGUGAGGUUCAACGCGGUCUGCCUGUGGCAGCUCGUGUCGUCUUCGCAUCUCUCACUGCAGCAGCAGCACUCUCAGUUCUUCCUGGCGACACUCAAACAGACGCUGGAAGACCCGUCGCCGUCGGUUCGUUUGGCAACUGCGGCCUUUGUCUCUUCUCUUCUUCGUCGCUGCUGCACCUCUGCCGCGCUUCCGCCCUCGUCACAGAUGCGCGCGCAGAUCCUCUCUUCUUCGCACCUCCCUCGCGAAGCCGAGACACAAAGCGGCAUCUGGCUUCUGUCGCCAGAAGUCUUUUCUUCUCUCCUGGAUUUCCUUCUCUCUGCCGCAGCCGACAAGUCAGCCCCGCUCGUGAGAGCUCAGGCUCUCCUGGCUAUCCAAGGCGUCGCGCAGCCUGUCUGUUCCACCGAGGGCGACACUGGGCCUCUCCAACUUCUCGAAGGUCGAGAGCGAUCUGCCGAUUCACGUUCUCCUGAGGGUGGCGAAGGUACCUCGUCGGGGACCUCAAGUCGGAAAACGCAGCUGGCUCGCGAUGCCGCGCAUGCAGCAGCGAGAAAAGCCAUUCUCGACCUCGCUCCUCGUCUCUGGUCGAUGCUUCACGACGCCUCGCCCUGCGUGCGGCUAGCGGCGGCGAUGCUCAUCCAGGGGAGCGGAGGUGUGUGUCGAGGAGAAACCAAGAAAAGGAGCCUCUCUGGAGACGCAACAUGGGACGGGGUCUCACAGAAGAAAUACAGAGGGGCGGCGGGGAUUUGUGGCGACGCGGAGAGAGCUGCAGGACGGACGGACGGAGAGGCGAAAGACGCGAGAGAGGAAGUAAGCUGUGGGCCAGACCUGUGGGAGACGGAAGACAGGGAGAGGAACGCGAGAGAGGACGGAGAGCCCCGAGUUAGAGAGUACGUUUGGAGCCGGUGCACGCGGGACUUCCUUAUCGGCCUGCUGUCUGGACAGCACACGGAGCGCGUCACGGGGGUCGCUUUCUUGAAAAGGCGGCAAACUGGAGACAAGCACAACGAGCAGUCGGAAGGUCGCUGCGGGGCUGAGAGGCCCUCGACAGAAUUGUAUCAAAGAGGAGAAUCUGAGGGGACAGAGAAGUCGAAAGAGCGUCCCGGAGCUCCGUGGGGAACGGGGGCUGAAGGGGCGAGUGGAGGAGCGGAUGGGAGUGCGCAGGGCGACCGGCCGGAGGCACGCAGGUCGAGAAAACGCAAGACGGCGGCGGCCUUCGCCUCCGCUUUCGCCUCCACUGUGCAGAUCGCUGGCGAGGCAGGAGAAAGUCCUUUCGGAGUUGCAGCCCUGUGGCAAGGAGACAAAGACGGAACUCUCCUUGACUCCACUGCCACCGCUGCGGAACUGCACACCGCCGGACCCAUGGAGGUGUCUCGACAGCUCGCCAGACAGCUGCUAUUUCAGCUCUUCAAAGCUCCCCUCCAGGAACAAGCUUUCCAGGUGAAGGGGCUUUGUCGAACGCAUGCGCCUCUGGUGUACGCGUUGGCAGCUCACGUGGGCGCUUGUGCGUGCUUGUCAGAGCCCUUUGGUUCUCGCGUUUUUUCUGGGUCUUCUCUGUCGGCUUCCGAAGAAGAGAGGCAAUGCUCGGGGCAGAGUUGCCGGCCUGGCAUCAGCUACGUGGACCGCUGCAAACUGGGAGUUGCUCUCUUCUCUCAAGUUCGUGCCGAGAUUGUCGCCUACGAGAAGGCAAAGAGGCGGGUGAGACAUCGCGAGGCGCGGCCGAGUUCUGAGACGAGAGACGCGACGAAAAUCCGAGAGAAAGAGUCGCCUUCUCCGCGGCCAUUUCCGUAUUAUCGAGGCUCGCUCUUGAUCGAGUGGCAGGCGCAACUCGCGAUGAGUGCGCAGCUCCUCAGACCCCACUGUUUAAACAGGGACGAGAAGCUUCUGGAGGAACAGCCGCUUCUGCGGCGAUUCAUCGUCAACAGCAUUCCGGAAGAGGACCUUCUGGCGAGUUUGCAAAACACUGCUGGCGGGGCAGUACUUCAGUACAGCUACUGGAGCUUCUUCGUUUCUCUGCCUUCUUGCGUCACUUGCCCGAGUCCUUCUCCGCUCAACACCGCGUCCUCGCAGCAGCCGUUGACCUCCCGACACUCGGGUCGCAGAUACCUUUUCCCCUCUUCGUUGUUGCCCGCAUGCGACAUCGAGGCCACCCGCUGGCCUGUCGUCCCGAACUCGCCGAACUCGGCUUUUUCCGGGGCUCAGAGCUCCGCUGCGGUUGCAGCUGCAGCGGCGGCACCGGUGUCGCCGUACGGGCGUGUGCUGGAAUUGUUUAUUCGAGAAGUUUCUCGUUUUCUCGAUGGUAGAAGAUGCGCAGCCGUCCACGCGCUUCAUGCGUACUCCGCGGCGCACAUUUGUCAUGCUGUUCUCGCAGCUGCGAGCACCGAAAACCGCUCGCCAGGCACCUGCGGUGUCCAUUUACCCGAGGGGGCCGGGGAGAGACGCGUCGCAGCGGCGCGUCUCGAACGGGUCGGCGGGGGUGAGAGCGCGCCGGAGUGGCGGUGCGGGAGGUCAGAAAGCCGGGAGCGGUGGGGGCGCCUGUCUGCAGCUGGGGAAAGCGGCCUAGCGGUGCGGGGCCUACGAGUGCGCAGCUGCACGCGUCAAGGCAGCCGAGCCGUGAGCGAAGAGAGCGGAGCGAGGACAAGGCAUGGCGGGGCUGUUCGUCACUCCACCCCCGCCCACCGCCAGCCUCAGAAGACUCCAGCGGAUGGCGAGGGCCCACUGAGGAGAACAGAAGAGCUGGAGGACGUCUGCGAGGGGAGAAAACGACGGUGUCUUCGCGUCGAGCGAGAAGGAGAUGAAGGGAAAAGGCGUCGGGGCCGAAAGGGGCCUCAAGGGGAGACUGGAAGUGAAAAAGAUGGACGAGGCCUCGAUGGGUCUUGCGGAGAAAGACGUCGAGGCGAGAGGGGAAAGGGAGAGGAGUCCAGUUGCCAACGCGAUGAGGCAGAUGGAGUCAUGACCUUGACGUAUUCCUCUUCGCCUAUGGAGGAGGACGCGCAAGAUGUGAACACAACGUCUCCCGCAGAAAGCGAGUCGGUCUCUGCCUCCGUGUGUCUUUCGGCUUCGCACUUGCACCGGGGUCAAGUAGCUGAGGCCGCCCCGGAGGGGUGCCCCCUGCCUAGUUGGCUGCAAAAGAGAUCGGAAGCUGAGGUGGACUCCGCGCUCUUCCUCGACGUUUUGCUGCCUUUUCUUCUUCGAGAUGCUCGGCUGAGGCGUUGGCUCUCCCUCCAACUCGCGCGCACCCUUCUCCCUCUCGUGGCGACUCUCGACCAGCAAAGACAGCUGCUGGCGGGGGAAGUAUCUGCUCACGAGCCAUCUGAAGCUUCUUGCGCCGAUGAACGCCGAGAAAGGUUUGUCGGUCUCUCUGCUUCAGGGCCGACAGCCUCCGCGGACGAGGGGAGACGCGAGAACCAUUUCUGUGCUGCUGUGGAGCGACCUCCUGAAUCCGCCCGCAGAGAACGCGGAACUCGAUAUGAGGUUCAGAGGCGCAGCAGAGAGUCGCAGGCGCGGAGAGUUUCCGUGGAGCCUGGAGAAAGCAGAAACCCCCUGCCCUGUUCGACAGAAAACGGCAGGUCCUCGUCUCCUAGAGGCCCGACACUGCGCAGCAGUGGAGAGGAGAGAACGCAUACAGAUGAAAGAAGAAAGAAGACCCUGACGAGGCGCCAGAAAGCUCUGCUGGAGCAGAAGGCGGCGCGCGAGAGCGGGGGCGAGUCCAGGGCAGAGAGGGAGGAAACUGCAUGCACUGAUUCACAGAAACGUGGCGGGAGAAGCGCAGACGACAGUCGCGAGAAGCAGCGAGGAGACGUUGAAGAAUCCGAGGCAGCCAGCGAGGAUUCAGAGGACGAAACGAGCGAAGAGGACGACCUGAAAGACGAAGAUUUUCAACUGGGAAGCACGCGACGGACGAAAAGAAGAAAAUGGGAGGCACACGGUCGCGGGGCCACUAAGAAACUCAAGGGAGACGCGCUGUCUCCAGAGAAACAGAAACCAAACUCUACUGGCGAUUCCGCCUUCGAGCGGCAGCAAGAAUUGCUCUGCAAAGCGCUCAGGCAAACACCAGUUCCGCAGUGCUUCGCCUUGUCCUACCGCGGGUCUGCGCCUGUCUCAGAUUCUGUCGGCUCCUCGCUGGGCGCCUCUUCUUCUCCACUCAACUCUUCAUCUCCACUCAGUCCUUCUUCGGCACUGACUCCUUCUUUUCUGUCUCUUCCCGCCUUCGUCGCCGCGCUCGAAAUUGUGGCCUUGCUGCGGCACCUGCCUCUUGGCCGCGAGAUCCUCGUAGGUCUUGAGGGGCCUCUCCACACCUCAGGCGACAACUCAGAAGCCGACCGGUCCGUGUCCGCGGACUCCCGCGAAGACAGGAAGCCUUUGGACCUUCUCGCCCCUUUGCCGCUCCACGGCCUGUUGAUGCACGCAGGCGUCGCGUUCCUUCGAGCUCUCGGAGAGCUGUUGCGCCGCCGCGCCUUCCAGGUGCCUGGCUCGGCUGCCGUUUUGUCUCUGCAGGAAUUCGGAGCAGACGAUGCAGUUGAGAGUGUGAGCAAUCCGCCGCUGCCUCUGGAGAUAUUCUCGCUGGGUGCAAACGCGCGGUCUGCGGCGUCUAAACACCGACCGCAGGCGCCGCUCCAGGCCCUGCUCCGGCAGUUCCCUCGCGAGCGACUCACACUUCAAAGAUUUCUCUUCAAGCGCGCUCUUGAUGUCUUCUGCAGUCUGGGACAACUCGCCUCAGUGUACCCGCGCCAGAUCUCAGAAAUCGCGGUGCUGAAUCCGACACUCGUCGAAUUCGGUCGGCUGCUGGAGCCUCUCUCCACCGUCUCUCGCUGUCUAUGGCGAGAAGCACAGGUCGUGCCCAGGACGCUGUCUCUCCUUUCUUCUGGCGGCUCCGGAGAAGAACGCAUGCGGAGGUUUGCAGCUUCCAGAGAAGAGCAAGGAGGCGAAGAUUCUCCCGCGGUUCAGGCGCCACCUCGCGGUCACCAGUGUCGCCUCAGGACUUGCGGCAUUUCCUGUGAAGUCGACGGGACAGGGGAUCGAGGAGAGGUAACCGCGGGGCAGCAAAGCAUGCGUGGGCCAUCAUCUGGGAAAUGUGGGGAUUCUACAAACCAGCAGAACAUGAUUGCAGGGGACAAAGCAGCGGCUCUCAAACGUUGGCGGCGCAACAUUCACCUCAUCCUCGAAAUUUACGGAGUCGUGUGCGAGCACCUCGCUUUCUUCUUCUCAGUGCCCAUCUUCUGGGAGCGACACAGAGCCUGUAAAAGCUCAGCUGGGAAGGCGCUUUUUGCGCGUAUGCUGGCGCGACUUCCCACCUUCUUGGAGGCGAUGUUCACGUGGGUAGAUUUCUUCAAAGCGACUUCGGAUCGCCUGGCGGCAUUCGAGCACCACACCGAAGGUCUGCAGUCAUCCAAAGACGCUCUGGGAGAGAACAGCGCAGCGCGGACGCAGGAGAAACAAGAUGGAAGACAGAGCGACCAUGGGAGCUCGAGCGCAAAGGACGAAGUGACUGGUCUGGCUCGCCUGUCCUGGAAUAGUGGCGCCUGUGUUGGUCAUGCAGUCUGCGAUUUUUGGCAAGACGCCGUGUUGCAGGGUGAACUUUACAGCGAAGACAAAACUCGGAGAGGCAAGACCGGCGACGAACAGCGAGACCAAAAUGAGAAACGCUCGCCAGAACCGAACGUCGAACUCGGCGAGAGUAGGCAACCAGUGGACAAAGAGAAUGCUUCCUUUGACACGACACAGGAAGUUCAGUCGCAGAACCAGCGUCCUCUCUGGGCGCUGAAUCGACGUGAGCAGACACAAGAACCCAGGCCAUGUGACGGCAAAACAGCGGUGGUGUUGGUUUCUCCCGCAGUGCGGAACGAAAGACAACGAGCUCGAGACGACGAAAGCGAGACGGACGCGGUCUCUAUGGAAGCACAUGCUGUGCAAGUGCUUCGAGUGCUUCUGGCUCGCGGUGGAUCCGGGAAAAUUCAGGCUGCAAAGCUUACGUCGCUACUGGGGCGUUUCCUGAGAACGUUUCCUGACAAUGACACAGUCCGGUCCCUCCUGCACGAGGCUGAUCAUGAAUGACUUCAUGGCACCGAAACAGAUGGGCCACGCAAGGCGUAUACGUGUUUGAAAAUUAUGGUGAUGCCCAAUAACGCCUGGAUCAACGUGCCAGUGAUCUGAAAUGAAGUCUGGCCGAAAGGUAGGAUUGAGGGCCGUCGCACUGGUGGUGUCACGUGACGUAGCUCCUGAUAGCAAUGCCCCUGUGAUGUAUAGGGGGCGCCUCAGUGCCUUCAACACUGGAGCAAGUAAAGUCAUUUUUGACAAUUUGUUUUUUCGCCAUGCACAUGAUAUCGGCGGUUCUGUUGACCACCGGACACUGCGGCAUC